AUGGCUUUAUUUAACGUAGAAGGUUGGGAUAUAAAGACAAAAGCUGUUGCUUUUGAUGACAAGGCUAGCAAGUCUUCAAAAGAAAAAAGAAAGAAUAAGAAAAGAAGAAAUGACAAACUUACCAGAGAACAGAAGUUAAAAGAGGAGACGGAGGCUGAGUUAAAGGAACAGGUGGAAGAUAGUUCUACUGAAGAGCCAGAUUCUGAAAACAACCAAAAAAAUGAAGAUAAAAGUGGAAAAAGUAAAGCGAACAGCAAGAAGCGUAAGCAUGAUGAUGAGGGUGCCUUUGUGCAAGCAAAAGUUAAGGUUGAACAGCCUUCAAAGAAGCAGUUAACCCCUUUACAACAGAAGAUGAUGGCUAAACUAACAGGUUCGAGAUUCAGAUGGAUCAAUGAACAGCUGUACACAAUUACCUCUGAUGAAGCAUUAAAGUUGGUGAAAGAACAACCGCAGUUAUUUGAUGAAUACCAUGAUGGUUUUAGAUCACAAGUGCAAGCAUGGCCAGAAAAUCCAGUUGAUGUUUUUGUUGAUCAAAUUCGUUAUAGAUGCAUGAAACCUGUUAAUGCUCCAGGUGGGUUACCAGGUCUCAAAGAUAAUAAAGAAAUAGUUAUUGCUGAUAUGGGAUGUGGUGAGGCUCAGUUAGCGUUAGAGAUUGACAAUUUUUUCAAAAGCUACAACAAGAAAGCGAAAAAAUAUUUAAAAAGACGCCAUAAAGUUCACAGUUUCGAUUUAAAGAAAGCUAACGAAAGAAUAACUGUUGCCGAUAUUAGAAAUGUGCCGUUGCCAGAUGAAUCCUGUACUAUAGUGGUCUUCUGUUUGGCUCUAAUGGGCACAAAUUUUCUUGACUUCAUUAAAGAAGCAUAUAGAAUUUUAGCGCCAAGAGGUGAGUUAUGGAUUGCGGAAAUUAAAUCAAGAUUUGGUGACGGUAGAGGUAAUGAGUUUGUGGACGCAUUAAAAUUGAUGGGAUUUUUUCAUAAAAAAACUUUCGACGAGAAUAAGAUGUUCACAAGAUUCGAAUUUUUCAAGCCACCUGCAGAGAUUAUUGAAGAAAGAAGACAAAAAUUAGAGAGAAGGCAAAAAUUUAUUGAAGUGGAGACAGAGAAGGAAGAGUUAGAAAAGAAAAGAAAGAAAAUUGCUGAGGGCAAAUGGCUUUUGAAGCCUUGUAUCUAUAAGAGAAGAUGA